AUGAUCCUGAGCUUAGAGGAUCAAAAGCCCAAAGUUCCUACCUACUUACUAAUUGUAUAUUAUAGAUCAACACGAGAAAGCUAUGGUGAUUCAGCUAUUGGAUAUGUAGAACUACUGCGCAAAGGAAAUAUUUGUUUAGUUAAAGGACAAAUAUGUCCAGAACAUAGAAUAAGACAGAAAAAUUAUAAGGUAGCUUUAACUGUGGAUGAAGAGGAAGAGAAAAUAGUAGAAGUUAAUUGUGAUGACUGUGCAGCUUCAUUAGGUGGAUGUAAACAUGGCUUAGCAUUUCUUAUGUAUUUACAUAGAAAAAGUGAAGAGUCAUCAGUAACAUCAGUUGAUUGUUAUUGGAAAAAACCAAAGCUAUCUGGUAUAGGAUCAAGUAUUAAGUUUAUGAACACUAAAGACCUAUUUCCACCAAAAAAUUACAACUAUUAUUUGAGUAUAAUAUCAAAUUUAUCUAUACAUAGAUUAAUGUCAGAUUUUAGAACACAACAGCAAAUGAAUACAGUUGUCAAAUGUUCAGAAUUCAUUAAUUUUAUCAAAAGUGUUAUACAAUCAAAUGCUGGAAUAUUACAAAAAAUAGAAAGAGAAACACAAGAUCAAUCCAACAAUAAUAGUUGGUUUGAAAUGCGAUAUGGACGGAUUACUGCAUCCAAGGUAUAUGAAGCAUCUAAAUGUAAUACAACAGAUGGUACUCUGGUUAAACAAAUUUUAGGGAUCUCAAAGAUAAAAUUAUCCAAAGCAAUGAACAGAGGAAUACAUUUGGAACAACAGGUUAGUCUAAUACUUAAAAAUGUUAUAAAACAAGUAGAAACACUUUUAGGCUCUAAAAUUAAAAAAACUGGAUUACUUAUUGAUAAGAACUUUCCAAUAUUAGGAGCAUCAGCUGAUGGUCUAGGAGAAGACUUUGUCUUAGAAGUAAAAUGUCCUACAACUCAUUCUACAUUUUUAAAUUAUGUAGAUAAUGGAGUUGUAAAACCAAAGGUACUAUCUCAAAUACAAAUUCAAAUGCAUAUACACGAGAUGUGGAAAGGAAUUCUAGCUAUUGCUGACCCUGAAUUUGAAAAGAAUAAAAAAGUUACCAUUGUAAAUAUUGAUUAUGAUAAACAAAUGUGUGAUACUUUAAUUGAAAAAUGUUGUACAUUUUGGGAAAAAAAUAUACUUCCAAAAUUAUACUAG